GCGCUUCGCGCAACAGGCAUGGGCGGGCUCACGGCCGCGCUCGCCUUCGCCCGCCAGGGCUUCGCCCACAUCGACGUCUACGAGCUAGCCUCGAAUCUCGGGUUCGUGGGCGCCGGGAUCCAGCUCGCACCCAACAUGGCACGGAUACUGGACCAGCUGGGGUGCUGGGAAGAGAUUGAGCGAGAGGCGGUGGAUGUGCAGGAGACGAGCAUCAGACAAGGCUCGAGCGACGAGGAACUCGCGCACGUCGACCUCCGCUACAUCCGCCGCGACUACGACAAGCCGCACAUGGUGGGCCACCGCUCGACGCUCGCCGGCGGCAUCUACAAAGCCUGCCAGCGCUAUGCGGCCAUAAAAUUCCACUUUGCGACGGCGCUCGAGGACGUGCUGGCGUGGUCGCCGCGGCCGAAACUGCGCUUCGCCCCGCGGAACGCGGCGCGCUUCGACGUCGAGGCGGACGUGGUGCUGGCGGCCGACGGGGUCAAGAGCAUCACGCGCACGCGCAUGCUCAGCGCGCUCGAUGCCAGCGCCGACAUCGUCGACACGGGCCAGGCCGCCUACCGCAUCAUGCUGUCCCGGGACGUCAUGGCGGCGGACGCGAGCCUGCUCGAGCUCGUCGACUCCAACGCUGUCACCCGCUGGAUCGGCGAGAAGCGCCACAUCAUCGCGUACCCGGUGUCUGGGGGCCAGAUCUACAACCUCAGCACCAUCCAGCCCGACACGCACUUUGCGGCUGCGCCCAGCAUCACGUACACGACGCGCGGCUCCAAGACGGACAUGCUGGCCGUGUUUGCCGACUUUUGCCCCCGCGUGCAGCGCAUGCUGAAUCUGGUCAAGGAGGACGAGGUGUGCGAGUGGAAGCUGCGCGUGCAUGCGCCGCUGCCGGCGUGGUCGCACGGCGGGGUCGCGCUCAUGGGCGACGCCUGCCACCCGACGCUGCCACACCUGAACCAAGGCGCGGCGCAAGCAAUCGAAGACGCAGCGUGCCUUGCCGUCGUGCUCGCGAAGACGCCGUCAUCUGCGCCAGAGGACCUCGCCCGCGCGCUGCGCGUGUACGAGAAGCUGCGGCGGGCGCGGGCGACGGAGCUGGUGGAGCUGGCGGCGGCGAGCGGCCGCGCGCUGCAUCUGGGCGAGGGGGCGGCGAAGGAGGAGCGCGAUCGCAAGUUCCGGGCGCUGAAGGAGGGGAGGGGCGACGGGGGCGUGCCGGACAAGUGGGCGGAUCGGGCGACGCAGGAGGGCAUUUAUCGGCAUGAUGUUGUGGCGGUGGCGGAGGGCGAGUUUGAGCGCGUGUGGGCGGAGUGUGGGGCGUGAGAUGGGAUGGAGUGAGUCUUGUCCAGCUUGGUCCCAUUGUGUUCCGUCUAUCCCAUCUCAUUUCGUCCUUGCACU